AUGCAGGCAACAGUCGAGUCGGUGUCGAGCUCAUUGAUCGAUCGGCUCGAUACGCACCAAUACACUUGCACGGUCAAUGUACACGGCACACACGCAAACCGAACCGGAUGGCGCACACAUGCGCAUGAGGCGGUGUGCGCUCGUCAGCGAAGGAUUUCCUACCGCCCUCCGGACCCCGCGCGCGUCCCCCUCGCCAGACCUGUUGCACUGCUACCGGAGUUACGCCGCAUAGUUACCAGACUUGAUAUGCCGCUCUCCGCUCGGCCCACGCACACCAUCACAAUAUCAUCAUGGCGCUCGAAAUUGUCGAUGUCUGCUCUCGACCAAAUCUUUUAUUAA